AUGAGGAAAAGAAGGGAAAAAGGUCUCUGCUACAACUGUGAUGAAGUUUUCCAAGCUGGACAUAGGUGCAUUAAACAACAAAUUUUUAUGCUAGUUGUGGAUGAGGAGGACACAAUUCCAUCUGGUGAGGAGUCUCCUUGUGAUACUCCACUUUCACCUGGCACUAAAGAAGAGGAGCAUGAGUUUCAAUGGGACAUGAGAUUGUUAAAACUUGGGGGUUGUGACAUGGUGCUUGGUGUUGAUUGGAUGAAGAUUAUGAGCCCAAUGUCUUUUGACUUUCAAAAGUUGACUGUGACAUUCACCACCAAUGGAAAGACCAUCACAUUACAAGGUAACACUUCUUCUGCUCAAAUUUCUAUGAUUUCUGGUAGUGAUCUGCACAAAUGGCUUAAGAAGAAUAAGCAUGGGCUGGUUGGUAGCCUUUUUUCCAUCACUGCUUGUGAGCACGAAUCUGAAGUACCUGACCCCAUCAAACCCUUAUUACACAAAUAUGAGUCUAUCUUUCAAGAACCUACUUCAUUACCUCCUUCUAGAACUCAUGACCAUCACAUUCCCUUAAAACCUCUCACCACCCCUCCAAAUCAAAGACCCUACAGAAUACCAUACCUACAAAAAGAGGUGGUUGAGCAACUUGUGCAAGAAAUGUUAAAAUCAGGUGUUAUUCAACAUACCCAUAGCCCAUUUUCUUCACCAGUUAUUCUAGUAAAAAAAAAAGAUGGCAGUUGGAGAUUCUGUGUGGACUAUAGGAGAUUGAAUGAAGCUACUGUCAAGGACAAAUAUCCCAUACCCAUAAUUGAAGAAUUACUAGAUGAAUUAUUUGGGUCCAAGGUAUUCUCUAAAAUUGAUCUUAGGGCUGGAUAUCAUCAAAUAAGAGUUUAUCCACCAGAUACCUACAAGACAGCUUUCAAGACACAUCAAGGGCAUUAUGAGUUCAUGGUGAUGCCUUUUGGCUUAACCAAUGCACCUGCUUCCUUCCAGUCCUUGAUGAAUGAUGUUUUUGGGCCACAUUUGAGGAAGUUCAUCUUAGUAUUCUUUGAUGACAUUUUGGUGUAUAGUCCUGACAUGGACACACAUUUGAAGCAUCUAGAGGUUACACUCAAGACCUUACAAGACCACUCCUUAUUUUCCAAGCUCAGCAAGUGUACCUUUGGCCAGAACCAAGUAGAGUACUUAGGCCACAUCAUCACAGGUAAAGGCAUAGCUGCUGACCCUUCCAAGAUUAGUUGCAUGGUUAAUUGGCCUACACCCACCAUAUUAAAAGCACUUAGGGGAUUCCUAGGACUCACUGGUUACUACAGGAAAUUUUUCAAGGGUUAUGGAGUCAUUUGUAGGCCUUUAACAGACCUAUUGAAGAAGGACAACUUUAAGUGGAAUGUUGAAGCCCAAUCUGCUUUUGAGUAUCUCAAGAAGGUUGUUACUACCAUCCCAGUUUUGAUCCUUCCUGACUUCACUCAACCAUUUGAAGUGGAAACUGAUGCUUGUGAUACAGGAGUUGGAGCAGCUUUGAUGCAACGCAGGAAGCCAAUUGCUUAUUUCAGUAAAGGCAUGAUGUCCAGAUUUCUAUCUAUGUACACUUAUGAAAAGGAACUCCUUGAUGUUGUCAUGGCAGUAACAAAGUGGAGUCCUUAUUUAAUGGGAAACCAUUUCACCAUUUUUACAGACCAUCAAAGCUUGAAGUAUUUCUUAGAACAGAAGCUUCAUACCAUUGUGCAACAGAAGUGGCUUUCCGAAUUGUUGGGUUAUGAUUAUACAGUGUGCUACAAAAAGGGUGUAGAGAAUAAGUUACAUGGGUUGCCUGCUACCAUUGUAUCUGACAGAGACAGUGUAUUCUUGAGUAACUUUUGGCAAGAGCUAUUCACUAAGAUGGGAACAACAUUACAUAUGAGCUCUGCCUACCACCCACAAACUGAUGGGCAAACAAAAAGAGUGAAUGCAUGUUUGGAGUCUUACUUGAGAUGCAUGACCAGUUACAGACCUACUAAAUGGAUCACUCCUUUUCAAGCCUUGUAUGGUUACAAUCCCCAACAAUUUGGUCUAUUUUCUCAUAAUACAUCCCCAAAUGCUGUUCUAGAAGACUAUUUACAGAAAAGACAUGCCAUGGGAAUCAUUCUCAAGUCUACCCUUGAAGAAGCUCAGCACAGAACGAAGCAGCAAGCUGAUAAAAAUAGAACUGAAGGGGAAUUUCAGAUUGGUGAUUGGGUUUAUCUGAGACUGCAACCUUACAGACAGACAUCAGUGCAGCUCAGGAAGAAUUUAAAGUUAUAUGCCAAGUUCUUUGGUCCAUAUCAAGUCCUUGCAAAGUUAGGGAAGGUGGCAUACAAGAUUCAACUUCCUCCAAGUUCUAGAAUUCAUCCAGUGUUCCAUGUAUCUCAGUUAAAUCCAAAACUUGGAGCAGGACUACUUCCCCAAACCACACUUACAGCCUUAGACUCCAAGGGAUGCAUGAAGGUCACCCCACUUCAGGUGCUAUCCUCCAGGACUGUCAAGAAACAUCAGCAGAUAGUGGAUCAGGUUCUUAUUCACUGGGCUCAUUCUUCAGAGGCUGAUGCUACAUGGGAAGACAAGGAAGCCUUACUACAGCAGUUUCCCAAAUUCAUUCUUGAGGACAAGAAUGUUUUGAAGUAA